AUGGAUGUGAGGGUAGCCCACUGCCUGCUACUCUGGGCUUUGCACUUCUUCCCAGCCACACCUCACACUGUUCUCAGGGUUCUUGGUAAUGAAUCAAAGACUGGUAAUGAGCAAGAUGCAUGUAUAAAUCUCAUUCCCUGCCAACAUAAUGGAGCAAUUUGUAUUCAGCCUUGUUCUCCCUCCUUCCACGGGGAGACAAGCUUCGUCUGUGAAGACAGAAAGUGGCAAAUGUUAUCAGAUGCCUGUGCAAGCCUGGAUGUUCAGUCUCUUUUUCAGAGGAUAUCUAAACAUGAACUCCCAUGCUUCGGAGGACAUGUUGGUGGUGUUGGAGGACGUCUUCCUUUUGUAGGAGAAGGAGAGACAGGGCAUGGGAAGCCUGGAGAUGGAGCAAAACAUUUCGGUGCUGAUGACCGUGGGAAUAAUAGCUGUCAAGCUGAUUUUUCAUGCAUCAUCCCGGAUAUCCUGUCUUCACCAGCCAUUCCAGGAAACAUUGCUGAUAUAGUGGAUCUGCUAAAGAAGAUUUCCCUACUGCUAUCAGAGAAUGUCACUAGAGGAAAAAUGAAGAGCUACAGCAGGAUAGCAAACCAUAUUCUGAACAGCUCCAUCAUUUCCAACUGGGCUUUCGUAAAGGACAGAAAUGCUGGUUCAGUAUUACUGGACUCUGUGAAUUUAUUUGCUGGGAAACUUCCUAUAAGGAAUGGGUCAGAAAGCAUACAGGAGCCCUUCAUUGCUACGAAAGGCUACAGCAUACAUAAAAAUACUUCAGGAAAGAGCUUUGAUUUUUCUAUGGAAUUCAAUGACACAAGCAAUAUCACUGGGCACGUAGUGAUUCCAGAAGAAGAGCUCUUAAAGUUACCCAGGACUUCCAAAGCCAUCAGCAUUGCAUUCCCAACUCUUGGAGCCAUUAUAGAGACCAACCGUUUGGAUCCUGUGUUUGUGAAUGGGAUGGUGUUGUCGGUGUCUCUGCCAGAGGAGCUCAGGCAUAUUUUGCUCACCUUUGAGAAGGUGAAUAAACUGGAGCAUGUUGAGGCUCAGUGUGUUGGGUGGCACUCGGCUGAGAGGCGAUGGGAUAACAGGCCAUGCAAAGUGCAGUCUGACAGCAUCAGCACUGUGGUUUGUGUCUGCACACAUCAGCGCCGAACAUACAGAUCCUUCUCCAUCCUGAUGUCCCCCGCCACGCUGCGCAGCUCAGUGCUGGAUUACAUCACACGUGUGGGCUUAGGCCUUUCCAUUUUCAGCUUGGUUCUGUGCCUUAUCAUCGAGGCUUUUGUCUGGCAUCACGUUACAAAAACUGAGAUAACCUACAUGCGCCAUUUUUGUUUGGUCAACAUCGCUGCAUCGCUUCUCAUUGCUGAUGUUUUGUUCAUCUUGGCAGCUAUUGUGCACAAUGCAGCCCUGAACUACCACUUGUGUGUAGCAGCCACUUUUUUCCUUCACUUUUUCUAUCUUGCCUUGUUUUUUUGGAUGUUUACACUGGGCCUUUUGAUUCUCUAUGGAUUAUUAUUAAUUUUUUUAAAGGUAACAAGAUCAGCUUUCCUAGCUGCAGCAUUCCUUAUUGGAUAUGGAUGUCCCUUGGUCAUAUCUAUCCUCACUGUUGCUAUUACUGAACCAAAAAAUGGGUAUUUAAGGAGUGGAGCCUGCUGGCUCAAUUGGUAUGAGACAAAAGCCCUUUUGGCCUUUGUUGUACCUGCUCUGAGCAUCAUUGUUGUGAAUCUGGUGGUGGUGGUGGUGGUUGUGGCGAAGACUGGAAGAUCCACUGUUGGAGAAGGCUGCAAGUCACGAGAUUUGAGCAGUAUGAUCCGAAUUAGCAAAAAUGUUGCCCUUCUGACACCUCUUCUGGGUCUCACCUGGGGGUUUGGAUUAGCAACAAUUGUUGACAGCCGCUCUCUGGCAUUCCACAUUACGUUUGCACUACUGAAUGCCUUCCAGGGAUUCUUCAUCCUGUUGUUUGGGACACUUCUGGACAGAAAGACAAGAGAAGCCUUAAGGAUGAACUGCCUUUCAUCAAGGCGGAAGUGGGGUCUAGAAAAGCUGAAGGAUCCAAAGAAAAGUGAAGGUGUUUGCAUCUUAUCAGGCUUUGGGUCAGGAUUGAAAGUUUGA